AUGGAGAGAAUCAUCAAAGUGAAGACCAAAAUCGACAGGAUUCCCCGAAGUUCGUCCCCAUCCGAGCGCCGUUAUUCCGCUUCAAUGGUGCUCGGUUUGAGCGUGGUAUUCCUCGGGCUCUUCGCCUACACCGCUAUAAUGGGAACUAUAAUAAUCUACAAGUUGACCGUCCAGCCAUACGCGAACCUAACGGACGCGAAUAUCGUGGAAAAAUUAGAAACGAGGAAUUUCACCAUCGAGAACAACUCCACCAUCUUGCAGGAGGAACUCGCCAAAUUGUACGACAAAGUCGAUAGGGACUUGGACUUGGUGCUGGAGGGCUACAAACGCCUGGAAAUCAUGCUGAAGCGCAACUCGGAUAAUUACUUCCAUUAUCCGGCGUUAAUAUGCUGUUGUUUCUUAAUGGCCGUGGGUCAUUUAAACGGGUUUAUUUUGGGCAUUUUAGCCUGGAAGCGAUGGUACAUCGAUCGCAACAUCACCCUGUUCUUCGUAGCCGCGGUUUCCUCGACCAUUUUCGCCGCUUUGGGGCUCGUAUUGUCGAUAGUGACGUGCUUCAAUUUGAAAUACGAUUACGACACCUACGUGUACGAAGUGAGCAGGGCGAAUCCGAUAACGUUCAGUUUGGUGUUGAAUAUCGCGGUGGCAUCGACGGUGGGUCUGAUAUGGUCCUCGCUGGCCGCUAAAAUCUCUUACAAAGGAAUGAGGUCCGAGUAUCCGGACGACGGGGAUCUCGGCAACGCCGGGAAAACGGAUAUUUGCGUCGGCCAUCCCGACUACUGGGAUUCCCCUACCGACGCGACGCGUCGAGACGCCCUGCCGCUUCGACGAUUCGACGACGCCCCGUGA